AUGGGCGAGGACUCUAUCCGUGCAGAGUCAGCCUCGCGCAAGGCUAACAUAGCUCUAUGUCCCAGGAUAGCCUUCACCCCCCGCAGGAAGCUCAAGGUCAUCACGGUCGGGUGUGGAUUCUCGGCCCUGAUCUUCGCACACAAGCUACAACACCAAUAUCCAGAGUUCCAGCAACUGAUAUCGCACAAGAUUUUCGAGUCAAGGAGUGACAUUGGCGGUACUUGGCUAGUGAAUCGCUACCCUGGUGUACAGUGCGACGUGCCCGCUCAUGUAUAUGCCUUUCCCUUUGAUCCGAAACCUGACUGGAGUCAUUUCUACGCAACGGGACAGGACAUCCAGGCCUAUGUGAAACAAACGACCGAGAAGUGGAACCUUGAUCGAGAUGUGUACCUUAACCACAAGGUUACAGAAACUGUCUGGCGUGAAGAUCUCGGACAAUGGCAGGUGACGGUCGAAAACGGCGGCCGGACAUUCGUCGAAUACGCCGACUUUCUGGUAUCAGGUCAAGGUGUAUUAAAUAAGUGGCGUUGGCCGGAUGUUAAAGGCCUAAGUGCCUUCAAGGGCCACAAAUGCCAUUCUGCUGCUUGGGACGAAAACUACGACUAUUCCAACAAGAGGAUCGCCGUCAUUGGAAACGGAUCGUCAGGCGUUCAAAUGGUGCCUGCGCUUGCUCGCCUUCCUGGGACCACCAUUUAUGCCUUUCAAAGGAGUCCCAACUACGUCUACACUCAUCUCUCACCAGCAAGGUUGCUCGGCCGCGAGGAUGACAGCGAAAACCCGCCCUUCACGGAAGAGGACAAGGCUCGAUUCCGCGACGACAAGGAGUUCCACCGAAACUAUCGUCGGAAAAUCAUUCAUGGGAUCAACUCAUCUUUCAAAUUGUUCUCCAAGGGUUCGGCGGAAAACGCGGCAGUGACAGAGGCGGCUCGGAAACAAAUGGCGGAAAAGCUCAACCACGACCCUGAACUGUGUGCGAAGCUGAUCCCAGAGUGGAGUCUUGGCUGUCGUCGCAUCACUCCCGGAGAAGGCUAUCUGGAAUCUUUCAUGAAGCCCAACGUCGACCUGGUGACCAGCGGGGUCGUCCAGGCCACCGAAAAUUCCGUCAUCACGGCCGAUGGUCGAGAGUUCGAGGUCGACGUGAUCGCCUGCGCUACAGGAUUUGACGUUUCUCUAACGCCCUCGUGGAACAUGGUUGGACGAAACGGCGUCAAUCUGAACAAGGAGUGGGCUAUUGACCCGGAGUCGUACCUUUCGGUGGCGGCGCGCGACAUGCCCAACUAUUUCAUCUUCCUCGGCCCCAACGCUGUCAUUGCACACGGCUCAUUGCUCGAAUCGAUCAACUGGACCGCCGACUAUAUCUUGAAGUGGUUGCGCAAAGUUGCCACUGAAAACAUCAAGUCCAUUACCCCCAAAAGCGCAGUGGUCGAUGAGCUUAUCAAGUAUGGAGACGAAGUGCACAAGACGCUAAUCUGGACUGAUAGUUGCACGAGUUGGUUUAAACGGAAUGUGCCAGAUGGUCGUGUCACUGCCGCAUUUGCAGGAAGUGCCUUGUUGUUUCGCAGACUGAUUGGCGAGAUACGUGGAGAGGAUUUUGACAUUGAAUACUGGAGCGCUAACCGCUGGUCUUUCAUGGGCACGGGCUUCACAGAGUACGAACUGAACCCGGACAAUGACUUAGCAUACUAUAUAGAACAUUAG